AUGGAGUUGGAGUACUUCCCACCAGACCUCCCCGCCUGUGCGCGGAAGGACCUAGGCGAAGGAGGAUUGAUGUAUCAAUUUAAAAAAGACGAGCAUGCGCAGUUGUUGUUGAAACACCUUGCGGUGAUGCAAGCCAACGGAAUAUUGACAGACCUUACUGUACGCACCAAAUCAAAAGAUCAUGAAGAACCGUUUCAUUCCGUGCUUCUUGCCGCAAACAGUCCAUUCAUCAGACGCAGUCUUACAGGAAAACGUUUUGAUUGCACGUCAGGAGUUAUCCCACUUGACCUGACUCAACAGCAGCUUGAGGCCUUUCGCGAUUUCGUGUAUAAGUCCGAACUCCCCACAGACCAAGGAAUGGUCAAUGGCUUGCGACAUUUUGCGUCGAGGUACGAGAUGACUUACCUUGAAGAGCUGUGUCAAGAAAGAGAAUUGGAACGUGAAGGCCAUGAAAGAAAGACUGUUCUGUCUAAGCACCAGGAAGAUGUGUUGUCUCAACUGCGUGACAUGCGUGAGAAGAAGGAAUUGACGACGACCUAUUUGGAAGAUUGCGACGGUAGCUUUGAGUUUGCAGUACACGGCCCACUUCUUGCAGCAGCGUCGCCAGUUUUUCAAGACAUCUUCUCGGAUGAUCUGUUAUCUCAAGAGGGCUCAAGGUAUCGACUGAAGGACGUCACGUGCAAUACUCUAGGAGACCUUAUAAAUUUCAUUUACACGGGGGAAGUCACAGUGGAAGAAGAAAAUGUGGUCGAUUUACUUCAUGCAGCAUGCGAUUACGAGAUUCCCACACUUGCCAGGGCCUGCUGUGAUUGGCUGGAAGUGCAGUUAAGCUCUUUCAAUGCAAUCGGCGUUUGGUUGCUCGCGCGGGAACAGCAAAGUGAAUACAUCAGUGAUCUUGAAGAGAUCGCUAAGAGCUAUAUCAUUGCCAACUUCACCAGCGUGUGCAGAGAAGAUGAAUUCCUAGAGCUUGAGUACGAAGACCUUGAGGAAAUCAUUCGGAAUGACUAUCUGGGUGUGCAGAACGAAGAAGAGGUGUUCGCUGCAGUUGUCAACUGGAUAAAGGCAGACGAAGGUCGCUCAUCUUUCUUUUGCGAUUUACUGAAUCGCGUUCGUCUGGAGUACGCUAGCUUUGAAUUUCUUUGUGACAUGGAGAAAGAUCCCCAUGUCGCUACCUGCUCGCAGUGUCUACAAGUUGUUCAGAGGGCCCAAGCAAAGAAGAUACAAGCCUCCAACCGUACCCCAGAAGGUACUCGAUGGCAUGAUGAUGAUGAAGCUGAUUUCAAGAGAAACCUGCUGUAUGAAUUUCUGGAGUCAACACGAGUUAAUGAUGAUCAUCUCAACCAAACGACUGACGAGACCCCACCUAGGGAACCAAGGAAGGAUAAAGAAAAAGAUAUGCGCCUGAAACAGAACAGACAUGGACAGCUCAACAAAGAUGGGUCACCUGAUAUGCGUUUUAAAGUUAACAGGAGGCACUUAAAUCAGCGGAAUUUGGAUAGUACGCCAGACAGGCGCCAUAAAGGCAACAAAGAAUCCAACCGCUUAACGCAGAAAGAUGCUUAUGUUACUACCGAGGGUCCACUGACAAAAAAUGGCAAACCGGACAUGCGUUUCAAGGUAAACAAAGAAGCUUAUGGCCAGUCAUCUUCCCAGAAGAGCACGAAAACCCCGCACGGUGAAAGCAAGCGAAAGGGUGUUCCUCUUAAAAAGGAUGGAACACCAGACAUGAGGUACACUGUAAACAAGACACCAGAAUCUGUGAACAGUGCUUUACCAGGCAACGGAGCAACUCCACUGAAACGAGAUGGUACACCUGACAUGCGCUUUGCGGUCAACAAGCCAGCGAGAAAACCUGCAUCACCCGCACAGACCAGUUGCUCUUCAGUUACGUCAUCCUCUUGCGAAGGGCCAGUGAAGAAGGAUGGGACACCAGACAUGAGGUUUGCUUCCAACAAGCAAUCGGCCUCCUUAAUGUCCUCACUGCCAUCGUACAGCAGUUCAAGUGGUGCACUUAAGAACGAUGGCACACCAGAUAUGAGAUACGCAGCAAACAAGUCAUCCUAUGAUAGUCCAUCGUCGUCAGGGUUUUGGUCUGGUGGUUCAUCCUACGGCACUAGGUCAUUGGCCAGUCUGGGAUCUCCUGGUCCGCUAAAGAGCAACGGUACUCCAGACAUGAGAUAUGCUGCAAACAGAUCUUCAUAUUCGAGUCCAUCCUCGUACAGUGGAUCAAGCUACAGUAUCAGUUCGUCUUCAAGUGGAAGUAGUUUUGGAGCGGGUCCACUGAAAAGUGAUGGCACUCCAGACAUGAGGUAUGCUGCAAACAGAUCUUCAUAUUCGAGUCCAUCCUCGUACAGUGGAUCAAGCUACAGUAUCAGUUCGUCUUCAAGUGGAAGUAGUUUUGGAGCAGGUCCACUGAAAAGUGAUGGCACUCCAGACAUGAGGUAUGCUGCAAACAGAUCCUCCUAUGGUAGUUCGUCCUCGUUUGGUGGAUCAAGCUACAGCUCCAGAUCGUCUUCUAGUGGAAGUAGUUUUGGUGGAUCCAGUUCGUGUGGGCCACUGAAAAGUAAUGGUACUCCUGACAUGAGGUAUGCUUCAAACAGGUCCUCUUAUGGUGGGUCAAGCUACAGCUCCAGAUCAUCUUCUAGAUCAUCUUCUAGGAAGUAG